GUGCGAAGUUCUCCGUCUCGUGCAGCGUUUACGACACAGACAUGUCGCCUGUUUGUUCAGGACGCGAAGCCAUUGGAACCGGCAAAAAGUGUGCGCUGUGAUGAUACUGGUGCAAGCAUGGCGCAGAGCGUGAUGCAACUGAAAGAGCAUUCGGCUGCAAGGGGUGCCAGCCCCAAUGGGCUCGUGGGUGAUGUGGUCAUGAUGUCCCUGCCUUCCUGAGGUGCACACGGAACAGAUUAUUGACCGUUGAUUGAGUGUUUCACGUCCGGAGGCGAACCAGCAUCUUGGCGUCUCUAGAGAGGACACUACCAGUGCCACCGUGAAUCCAUGCAGACGCUUUCAUUGCUUUGAGGCGAUUGUCACGGGCAUGCGGUCGACGCUGUCCCACAUCACAACGGAGCACCUGGGAAUUUGUUCGGUACAGUGGUGCUCCGCUCGACAGGUUUCGGCGAAAGGUGGAGCACCGUCCGGAUACGACCGUGGUACAGGCGAUCUGCGCGCGGCGAUGCUGCGGCAUCUCCUUGCUCAGGAAGGCGUUGAUGAGCGCCGCAUCAAGAAGUUAGAGGCCAAGGGAAUACGCAGUCUCAAGAAGAUGUUUCAGAAGUCCGAAUGGGACCUCGCGCAUAUCCUAGACAUGUCCGUCGACGAUCUCCAGACGCUCUUGCUGCGUGUGGCCACAAGAGAUUGCCCCAAGCCAUCCUCGGUGAUGGAAAUGUUCCUCCAAAGUGUCAGCUUUCCGUCGUCUCUUCGAACCGCCUUGCCACAGCUCGACAAUGCGCUAUGCGGCGGGAUCCCCACUGCAGCCAUUACAGAGAUCGCAGGGGUCUCCGCGACUGGUAAAAGUCAGUUCUGCAUGCAGUUGGCGGUGCUGUGUGCCUUGGAGCACCAUGACGGAGCCGUUGUGUAUUUUGAAAGUUGUGGCAACUUUAGUGCCAAGAGGUUGAUGGAGAUUGCUUCCGAGCGGCUCUCGCACCAGCAAUACUCGACGGACGCCCUUCGACAAUCCAAAGUUGAAGCAGUUGCGAGGCAAGUUCGCGUCGUCACCGUGGAGAAUCUCGACCGCCUCGAGACCAAUGUUCGGGGCUUGCUAGACACCAUGUCUCUCGUCGGGGGCAAAAUGCUCAUCAUCGACUCGCUGGCGACAAUGGCCAAGAAUAGUGCCACCGAAAUGUCCGUGGCGGACCGUCAGAUGCUGUUGCUGCGAGUCGCGAGUGACCUCAAGCUGCUGGCAUCCACGUAUGAUGCGUACAUCGUGACAACAAAUCACACAUCGACACGAAAAGACCACAGCGGGCUAUACUCGCAGCCAGCCCUGGGCUUGGCUUGGUCCCAUUGCAUCACAAAUCGAAUUGUGUUCGAGAAAGUCGGCCGUGGGCGAUCCACGAUGGCCAUGACUGUGCACAAGGCUGUCGUCGCGGGGCCGGCAUGCAUCCCGUAUCUUCUCACGGUCCGUUCGCCAACCCUUCCCGAAAAUUUGGCAGUCAUGGAAGGCUGACGACGUAUACAGAAGGCGGGGCUGCAACCACCCGUGGGGACAGCGAUCGAUAGCUUUGACGACGAGUUCUCGUGGGACGAGUCUGUGCUGGAUGCUUUGAACGGCGCGGAUGACGUGCGCUUGCAUCCUGUCCAACACGUAUCCCAGCGCGAUACUCCCAGUCAAGAUCAUGGAGGUGCUGCAACUUCUGCCGUGGUGUCGACCAAGUCGGACAAGCUCAUCGGUGCCUUGGUUCACGAGGAACUCGUGGCUGCGACACCAUCGGAUGGCGAAGAUGCAAGAUGUGAGGAGGAGGUCCAACCACCAGCUAGUGACGCCGCGCGGCGUUAUGUGGACGAAAUCGUUCCUGCUUCGGACGAUGACGAAGAGUAAUAAUGCAGAGGCAUCAUGCACUCCAGGACUGCGAACAUUCAACUUGAAGACGUUGCGACACACACAGGAAGAAGAGCUCGUACAGGCAUGGACCAUCCAACGAGCGGUCGCUGUCGCCGCGGUGAUCAUGUGGAACGAUGACGUGUUUGGAGCGAUUUGGUUUCGCGACCUGCUUGCGUCGAGACUUGCGUUGUUGGCUGUGAUGGAUUGCAGCGCGACAACGGCGCGAAGUCGUCGACGGGAUCGACGAUGGUGGAUGGGAGUCGCAGGCGUACCAGUGGACUUCGACGGUGCUGGUCGAUACAGAAUCGAGGCAACAGGGGUUUCAACAGCCGAUCCAAACGGGGACAGUCAAUUGUGUGGGCUGCCAUUUGCUCCUCAAGCUGCAACGCCAGCGCCACGGCAAAGUCAGAGCUCGUGUCUGGACGUUGUGUUGGAUCUGUUGCGGAGCUUGUGGCAUCGACAUUUGUCGACGUGUGCCAUCCCUUGCUCGUCCAUGAUGUCUCGAAGCGACUUGGACGGGACUGUGAUGACAGUCACCGCCCACGGGUGCAUUUGCAAGAUGCUUGCGAUCGUGCGAUCCAACGGCAUUGUGCGAAAAGAA